CUCCCCUGACAAUCCAGGACACGGCCGAGCAGGAUUCCUUUCGCUAACAAUCUUACUAUGGGGCAAGGCAAUAGGUGAUAGACGAAUGAGAGGGUGAAUAAAGCACCGAAUAUUCUGACUGUUCUGACUGUUCUGACUGUGUGGCAUCUGAAUCGUGCACCACCAGCACGGCGUUCGUUCAACUGUUGCGCCGCCAACCAACGUGAGGCAAUUAACUCAGUUGGAAGUGAUAGAGGCCACACAGUCUUUCACCUUUUACUUACAGUACUUGUGUCUACCUGGUAUCUUACCUUAGUCACUCACACAAGCCACUAUCCAUGAUCCAUCCUAAACCGCCUGUCUUUGAUCCAUCCCAUUUCCACCGAAGUAACCAUGUUGGAGAAUCCAGCCCUCAUCUACGAGGGCCCGACUUCGCCAUGGCUUGACAAGCAGCCCGCGCCCCUUAUCCUCCUGCAUGACGGCGGUGGCACAACCUUCUCCUACCACUGUCUAUACCCCAUUGGUCGCACGCUCUACGGCAUCCAGAAUGCGCGCCUUGACGAGGGCGGUUACUGGGAAAGCGGUAUCUCGGGCAUGGCAAGCCACUAUAUCGAACUUCUUGAAACAGCCCUGCCCAAAGGGGGAGAGAUCAUCAUCGGAGGUUGGUCUUUGGGGGGGCUUCUCUCUAUCGAGGUAGCCUGGCAGCUCGCCAACCGACCUGCUGACUCAACAAAGCCCAAGUUCACCAUCCUGGGCAUGAUCUUCAUUGACAGCGUCUAUACCAAGUCCCUCUAUGGCCUACGCAACAUGCCCGACCUGACGGCACAACCCAUAGUGAAAUCACCCGAGGAGCUCAAGGCAAUGCCUCUACGUGAGAAAGUCGGCUUAAACAUGACACACGCCCGCAUGAUGAUCACUCACUGGGACAUGCCGGACUGGAAGGGACGCGAAGCCGAAAUCCCCCCGACAAUUCUGAUGCGCGCCAAGGAGCUCGUGAAAGAGGAUGGCCAAGCCUUUGUUGACCAUGCGCGUGAGUACCGGCUGCUUGGCUGGGACAACUAUCACGGAGGCACCUGGAUUAAAGAGGUUGUGGACGUGGAUGGACAUCACUUCAGUAUUUUUGAUGACAAAUAUAUCAAAGACGUAACAGCCAAGAUUGCGGUGGCUGCGGAUGACCUCGAUAAGGACAAUCUCUAGACCAACUGUCUCCGUGUGCAUGGAAGGGACUUUGCCGGUCAACCAAGCACAGGAGAAAGAAGAGUUAGAACAAGAACAUUCAUGACUGGCGUUACAUGGCGCAUUGCAUAUACCAUUUUCGAACAUACUCAUCAAUCAUGAUAGAGCAUAGACGUGCCUAGCCUCCGUUUCUUCUUCCCGUAGAAGGACUGAGUUAUGCCGAUGGACUGGGGAGGAGGUGGCUAGGCAUUGACACAACGCACAUAGGAUCGGCACAUAGAUACAGGAAUCAAAGCACAUUUUUCGCAAUAA